AUGGUAGCUAUGGUAGCAUCAGCGUCUGGAUAUGGCACCUUACGCCGCUUUCUUAGCGUGCCUGAGGGACAGCAUAACGUGCCCGAGGCCGGGGUCGUGCCCAGUACCUCGGUAGCCGUCUCGUCGAAACAACGGGCGUCAAUUAAAUGGCUGUUAUCAAAGGCGUUUAACAACAGAGUCCCUGAUAACCUUCAGGAGCCUUUCUACAGGGAUCAUGAGGACCAGGAACAUCUUAAACCACCUAUAGUUGGAGGCCUAGCGAAUGCCGAGCUGUAUUGCUUGGCGCUCGCAAACAUGUACUCAGACCCCAACUACCACAGCCUAAACCACUGGAAUAUUCUGCAGACGUUCGCCAGGAAGGGCGUGCACGUGCCCGACCCGCCUGACUGUGCGCUCACUGAAACGGUGCUCAUACAAACUAAUCCGCUCAAGAUGAGCGCCCAUAUGUCUGUGAUAGAAGCACUAAUGGUGCUAUACGCGCGGGAAGUGGUAACGAUGGACCGAGUGGCGGCAGCAGCCCAGCGAUUUGGUGAUACGGCGCCACAAAUACAGCACCACGAGGACGGGAUCCUGGCUUGGAUCAACGCCGCCUGCGCUGCGCUAAAUAGAGCCGAGGAGGACGCAUCAUCGCACGUUCCGAUGCUGAAGAGCCUCCAAGAAGUUUGCGACGGCACUGCGCUGGCGGCGUUGAUCUCGUUCUACUGCCCCGAAGCUUUACCUCGGACGGCCGUGCGCGUGGGCCGCAUGGCCUCCAUACAGGACUGUUUGCACAAUCUCAUGCUUGUCUACGACUUCUGUCGCACCGCACUACCGCACAACGUGUUUCACAUGCUGCCCGAGGACGUCACUUAUAUGCGAGGGUCAAUGCGGCAAAAUUUAGUAGCAAUGCUCGCCGAUCUCUUCAAUAUGCUAGAAGUUCAUCCUGUUAAAUCUGUUAAAUAUCCAGGAAGCGUUCCGCGGUCGCCGUCGGCGCUGAGCGGUCGGGGCCGCGGCACGGGCCGCUCCGCCAGCUCCACGCCCGAGCGGCGCAGCGCCAGCCCCGCACGAGACGACUUCGUCGUGCACAGGCAGAAGCAGAUCACGACGCUCGCCGCCAUGGUCAGGAGGGAUGAUGAUUAUGGUGCGGAGGGCCCGCUGACGCCGGCGGGGCGACCGUCCAACUGGGCGGAGUCGCGCGACGCCACGUACGCGGGCCGGCGCUCGCGCCGCUCGUCCGUGUCGGACGACUCGCAGCUCACCGUGGAGAACUUCGGCGGCUCGCAGGACCGCCUGCACUUCGCCGGCCGCAACCCGGAGAAGGAGCUCGCCACGCUCGCCAACGUGCGGAAGGUCUCCGCGCCCGCCGGUCCACUCGAUUAUAAUCCGCCUUUACGCUCCUCGAGACAAGACAUCCGCGGUUCAAUACAGUUUUUACACGGGGACUAUCAAAAUGGUGCCGAAAACGAGCGACAGAAGGUAGAGAGGCAGCAUUCACAACCCGACAACGAACCUUUCUACCCCAUCAGACGACAAUUGAGUAGCGACACCAUCACUUUGAGCGAAAGGUCACAGAACUUCGGCUUCAGUGCGAAAGGCGGUGGGGACGGGUUCUACCUCAACGACAGAGAUUCGACAGACGGUGACGCUAUCAAAACUUCCUUCGCCGACCUUAACAAAAUCAGGAGUAACGGUGACCAGACAGGUAUACAGUCAGCGUUGAGCCAGGAGGAGCCGAUUGAGAGGCGGAAGAGUACAACAUUCGUAACACCUCAACCUAACACCACCACGUGGCAACAACAGUUUAUGCAACAAGAAAAUCAUCCAAACGGUGAAGAUCUAACAGACGAAUCAACGACAUCUGCGAGCGGAGGUCAAAUGGCGGCUCAACUGAACAACAUACGACUCAAGUUAGAAGAGAAACGGCGACGCAUCGAAAAGGAGAAGAUACGAAUGGAGAUGGCUGUCAACAGGCAACGGCAACAGUUAGGGCAACAGGCUUUUUUACAGGCUGUUACUAGGGGCAAGGGUGCGCGGACGCCGGCCGAUGACGAACCGAAGCAGGAGCCGACGCCGCAACAGGAUAUGGUGGUGGAACCUCCUAGUCAAAGAGACGCGGUGGACAACGCUGUUUUAGAACAAUAUCAACAAUCAAUAGCCAAAAUGAACUCUAGUUUACAAGAUAUACAGAGCGAUAUAGCACGACUAGCGAGCCAACAGACACAAAUUCAACAACAACAGCAGCAACAACAACAGCAAGCUAAACAACUAUUCCAACAAACAGCGCCUCUACAACAACCACAACAGCAACCACCUCAACCGCCACAGUCGCCCUAUCAACAACAACAACAACACUACCAACCGAACAUUCCACAAUUGCACAGCCAAUUCAGCUCUCAGCACAAUGUUUCCCGCCCGGGGCUGACCAGCUUCGGUUCCACCCCGCACAUACCGCAGCAACAGCAACCGUUUUACAACUACGAACAGCAACAGGCGCCAUACCAACAGCAACAGCCCCAGUACCAACCGGCACAGUAUCAGUAUAGAGACAUAGAGGAGUACGGGCGGGGGCAGUUCUACCUGCACGAUGCCGCGCCGGCCCCCCGUCGCACCUGGGCACAGCACGCGCAGCACCAACUGCAGCAGGAACACGAGCUCAGGGGCUGGCAGCUGCACCAACAAAAUCACCAACAGUACGCCCAACCAACGCCAGAACCUCAGCCUCAACGUACGUGGAGAUCACCCUCGCCCCAACCACCCCCCGAACGAAAUUGGCAACCGCAAGGUUUCGUACUCCACGACAGAAAUACGCCCAACACGCAACCUUUCCAAAUACAUUAUAAUAACGACCGGUACCAGAACGGUACCGAGACGCGAGAUACUCCAAACCAUUUAAGUUACACUGUGAUAAACUCCAACCAAUAUGUUUCGGCCUCGCCGCCGUUAGCCGCUAGUCCGCAGAGGCGGGCGAAUACUCCACAAAGACAAGGUUCCCUCCCCGAAGUUACCCGAAGGCCUGAGCCCGUUAGUUUGCAGCAACUACACGCACCCCAAAACGUCCCUACACACACGCCCUCACACACACCCACACACGCACCUCCCCCGGAUGAUAUGGAACCGCAAAAUAUUUCCUUCAUCGGUAACGCCGAAGACGACGCUUUAAGACAAGGGAUCAAUAGACUGAACAUUUCCUCUGGCACUAGAACUUAUCGCAUUCCCUCACCUACGAGACCGUCUUUGAGUAGAAACUCCUUCCAGCAAUUGGAGCAAGAAGAAUCUAGUGAACCGAACGAGAAAGGUUUCUACAUAUCGUUCGAUAACGAUCAGCCUAAGCGACCGAAGCCUCCUCUGCGGGCCAAGAGGAUGUCUCCAAAGAAAGAGCGGUCGGCGGAAUACCAGAGUCCCGAGCGGAGUCCGGAGAACACUUGGAACGACAGAUUGCCGCAGCCCGUCGAAGAGGAGUUCGUGGUUCAUAGGAACACGGGGCCAGACCAAACGAUUAGAUCUAAUGACGUUUCUGAGCGCAGAGAAACGCCACCUAGAGAGAGGCCCCAACGUCUAACCAACGCCGAGCCGAAGGCGUUAGUGAUUGGCGAAUUGAAUCCUGACCCGAACUCAGCGGAGGAGAUGGAGCGCAAGAAGGAGCGCAUAAUGAUGCUGUCGCUGCAGCGGCGCCAGCGGGCCGACGAGGCGCGCGCCCGCGCCGACGCCGCCGCCGCCGCGCGCCGCCUGCGCGACGAGCGCGCCAACGAGCUCAAGCUGGCGCGCAAGGAGGAGCAGGCGCGCCGCCGGGAGCUCAUCCUGCACCAGUACAAGCUCAAGAAGGCCAUCGAGGAGGCCGAGCGAGAGGGCAAAGUGCUGGACAAGUCGGAGUUCCCGGAUAUCCUGCGCGGGGCGGGCACGGCCACGCCGGCGCCCACGCCCACGACGGGCACGGCGCGCCUGCGCGGCAAGGCGGGCGGCGGGCGCGCGCGGCCCAAGACCAUCCACGUGGACAGCUCCGCGCUGCACGCCGCCGAGGGCAUGCUGGCCAAGCAGCCCUCCUCCACCAACCUCACAGCGGGCGGCACGAUGCGGCGCGACUACUACCGGGGCUCGCAGGACAGCCUCGCCGAGCGGGCUGGCCUCUACAGGGAGUCUCCGGUAGAAGAUCGCGGCGGGAUGUCUCCGGGCAGCGCGUCGAGCGGGCCCCUCGGCCGCCGCGGCUCCUGCAAAACGUCCAGAGAGCGCGUGAAUGAGGAACCUCAGUCGUCACGUGGAAGGUCUAAAUAUUCCACUUACGGGAGUAACUUUAAGGCGGGACGGAAGUCAAGCUCUCUUAUGAAUUUGUGCGACUCGGGUCUGGGGCGCGCCACGCCGCCGCGGCGCGCGGCCUCGCCCGGCCUGCGCACGCUGGGCUCGCCCGCCUCGCACUCCGGACACUCCGGACACUCCGGCUCCGGCUCCGGCCCGGGCUCGCUGCCCGGCGCCAUCGGCAAGCGCCGCCACCACGCCAGCGAAGACACCUCCGACGUUUCCUCCACGCACUCCUCCAUCAUGGACUACUCUGGUCCAAGACUGUACAAGCAGCCGACGACGAAGUCCAAUCGCGGGAUAAUGUUAAACGCUGUCGAAUACUGCGUGUUCCCCGGGGCGGUGAACGCGGAAGCUAAACGACGGGUGCUGGAAGAGAUCGCGCGCUCCGAGAGCAAACAUUUCCUCGUGCUGUUCAGAGACGCGGGCUGUCAGUUCCGUGCUUUAUACUCGUAUUGCCCUGACACCGAACAGGUCACCAAGCUCUACGGUACAGGACCGAAAAAUGUGAAUGACAGAAUGUUCGAUAAGUUCUUUAAAUAUAACUCGGGCAGUAAAUGCUUCUCGCAAGUGCACACGAAGCAUUUAACAGUGACCAUCGACGCUUUCACGAUACACAACUCCCUGUGGCAAGGCAAGAAGGUCCAGCUCCCCAGCAAAAAGGACAUGGCCCUCGUCAUAUAG